AUGAAGCCGCUCGCGCCAUUUGUGUGUCGGCUGCCGAGUCGCCGCAUUCUGCGUGUGCGUGGCACGGACGCGCAUGAAUUUCUGCAAGGCAUCUUCACCAACGACCUCCACGAACUGCACCCUAAUGGCAGCAUGUAUGGGUGUUUUCUCUACUUCACUGGCCGCGUCCUGUGCGACGCGCACUUGUACCAGUGCAAGCAGCUCCACGAGAGACAGGCCUCCAUCCUCGUUGACGUGCAUGAGAGCAGUGUAGCCGAGCUGCUUGACCACCUGACGGAGAUGAAGAUGCGCAAGAAGGUUCACAUCGAUGAUGUCGGCAAAGAGCUCGUUGUGCUAGCCGCCUUGGAGGAGACGUCCGCAGCUCCGCCCACUGGCGCAGAUGCGCAACGCAGCAGUAAUUUUGGGAGUAGCAGUGAUGCGAGGGUGAGCUCCGUCACGUCGUCGUCCCCAAAGACGCUGGAGGAGCGGCACACUGAGUGCUUCGCCGAUCCACGCAAUAAUGCGCUAUUUCCACAAUCGCCGCCGCCCUACUGCAAGCCUGCGUCGGAUUCAGAAGAUGCAGCGGCGACAUUCGUGACGGGACCUCCUCCCACCUCCUCCCUACCGCCCGCCACCGACUCUGUCGCGACGCCACUUAACUGGUUUCUGCGGAGGUGCGUCGUGCCCGCCACGUGGGCCCCUCCGCUCUCCUCUGUCGACCCCUACACGACACUCCUGUACAGCCGGGGCAUCGGUGAGGGGCCGGGUGUGUUCAAGAACAAGAGCCUCCCGUUCGAAGGGAAUUUGGACUUCCUAAAGGGCGUCAGCUUUCACAAGGGGUGCUACCUUGGGCAGGAACUCACGCACCGAACCCACGUCAUGCUCGUGACGCGAAAGAGGACGGUGCCGCUCCACUUCGGCCCCACGAGUGGGGGGCCCCCAGCGGUGAGCACCACCACUGACGACGGCGCCGUCGCGACAACGCGGCCGGUAGAGAUAGGGGAGCCCCUCUACUCAGCUGCAAAGGAAAAGAUCGGUGUGGUGACGGGCGUGUGCGGCCAAGUCGGCGUUGGCCUUCUUCGCCUCCGCUAUGUGGACAAGGCAACUCACACGGUGCCGGGACUGCAGCUGAAGGAUGGCACGCCGGCGCAGACACACUUACCUGACUGGUGGCCGCUCAAAGAGGUGAGGAGGCUCCUGAAGAACAAUGCCUGA